GAAGUAAUGAGGAUUCGCUUUCCCAUUUUGUUUACGUUCGUAGUAAUGAUGAUUAUAACCAAUGCAAAAUGACCACGAUUUUUUAAAUAUUUUUAGAUCUCGGUUUCAAUCUACCCCUUCAAAAAUGAUACGACGAAACGUGUGUUCCAAUUUUAACUUUAAGUCCCAACAAUAAUAAAUCGAAGAAUUCUUAUUCGAACUAAUGGGAACUCACUAUCAGCUGAUUGACAUUAACAAACAUCUGUCAAACAACCUAAACGGUGCCCUACUCAAAAACCGCGUCCUAAUCAAAACUAAUUAAAUUACCACUUGAAAAUGUUGCAAAAUCGUGGUUAUGGUGCUUAAAACUGUGCAAUGUUUCGUAGUAGAAGUUGGUUCGGUGGCGGUUGGGGCCGUCCUAAGAACCCCCAUUCGUUGGAACACUUGAAAUACUUGUACAACGUGUUGUCUAGGAAUCAAACAGUAUCGGAACACAACCGAGGGUUACUGGUCGAGACUCUUCGAUCAAUAGCCGAAAUUUUAAUCUGGGGUGAUCAAAAUGACUCGUCCGUUUUUGACUUCUUUUUGGAGAAGAACAUGUUGUCGUUCUUUUUGCGUAUCAUGAGACAACGAAGCGGAGGCUCGAGCUUUGUUUGCGUCCAAUUACUUCAAACGCUUAAUAUUUUAUUCGAGAAUAUUAGAAACGAAACAUCGCUAUAUUACUUGUUAUCAAAUAAUCACGUAAAUUCGAUAAUCGUACACAAAUUCGAUUUCUCUGAUGAGGAAGUCAUGGCUUAUUACAUCUCGUUUUUGAAAACUCUCAGCUUGAAACUGAACGCUCAUACUAUACAUUUUUUCUACAAUGAACACACUAACGAUUUUCCGUUAUACACGGAAGCGAUAAAAUUUUUUAAUCAUCCUGAAUCUAUGGUCAGGAUAGCAGUGCGAACUUUGACAUUAAAUGUGUAUAAAGUUGAGGAUGCAAGUAUGCUUGCUUUCAUUAGGGAUAGAACAGCAGCUCCGUAUUUUUCAAAUAUUGUUUGGUUUAUUGGAAAACAUAUCCAGGAGUUAGAUGUCUGUGUUCGCAAUGAUGCAGAUCACCAAUCUCAGAAUCGGUUGUCCGAUCUAGUGGCUGAACACCUGGACCAUCUUCAUUACCUAAACGACAUUCUUUGCUUAAACAUCACUGACUUGAAUCAAGUUCUAACCGACCACCUCUUACACAAACUCCUCAUCCCUUUAUACAUCUAUUCCCUUUCAACCGUACGAAAACCCACAGGAGGCGUGGAAGCAAUCACAAAAGCGCUCAAUCAAAAACUAAACCUAAACGAAUCAUCAUCAAACGGCGGUAUUCCUCAUGAACCAUCAACAGGAAAAGUUUCAUGUGUCGUUGCUUUAUUCCUACUUUCGCAAGUGUGUCUUAUCAUCUCGCAUUCACCUGUUGUCCAAACUGUCGCUUGGAUUGUUCUGAAAAGCGAUCGAUCAAUUUACGAUAAAGGAGUAGAGAAAUUAUUGGAAGCGUACGAAAAUGAAAUGAAGCGAAACGGGAAAAAUGAAGAAGCGAGUGGGUCAGAGAGUAGUUUCAAAGAUGAUGUAGUUGAGGAACAUAAGAAUAUUACAGAUGAGGAGAAGCAAAGGUUGGCGACUACGCCAACUGAGAGCGAAAGUGUGUCGGAAAAACCGUUUUUGGAAACGGUUUACAAUGCGUUGGAUUGUUCGGAGAACGACUACGCGGCGCUUUUUGCCCUUAUUUUGCUGUAUGCUAUGGCAUACAAUAAAGGAAUAAUGCCGGACAUUAACGAGCAAGUAUUAAGGCCUAAAAAGACCUACACGUCGAAGACAUCGUCUCGUGAUGUGCGCUACACCUACAACACUUACUUAGUGGACAAACUGUUGUAUAUAGUGCUGCUUUCAUGCCAGCCUUCGUGUCGAGUCAGAUUAGUGACUCUCGAGUUGGCUCUUAAACUCCUAGUACAACUAGUAAUGGCCGAUGGUAAAAGUGUGCUUCUUGAAUCGCAUAAAUCGACGAUAGAAUCGGCAAAAACGCAAAGUACAGCGCUUUUGAGGAAUUUUUACAAGAGCGAAGAGAUUUUCCUAGAUAUGUUUGAACAUGAAUACUGUGAUAUGUCGAAGACUUCAUUAAAUGUAGAAUGGUUGUGUAUGGAUAGUGCAAUUUUGUUACCACCUACGGGGACGCCGAUGACGGGGAUUGAUUUUACCAAGAGGUUGCCGUGUGGAGAGCAGGUCGAGCGGGCACGUCGAGCUAUCCGAGUCUUCUUCUUGGUCCGAAACGUCGUGUUAACUUUGAACGGCGAAAUGGAAACCCAACUACCUCUAACCAACCCCCAGAGCUGCGUCCAGAUUGAUCAAGCCUUGGACCUGAGUAUAUCUCGUUAUAAUUCGGAUUUGAUCGCAUGUACGGUGCUGUGGAAGGACGGGACGAAGACGAGGAGGUUUCUGGUGAUCGACGUCUUGCAACUGAUUUUGGUCGAGCCGGAUACGAAGAGGUUGGGUUGGGGGGUAGCCAAACUGGUAGGGUUCUUGCAGGAUAUAGAGGUGACGGGGGAUAAGGACGAUUCGAGGUGUCUGCAUAUUACAAUACAUAGACCUUUGUCGGGAACUACGACCAAUCGGGUGCCAUUGCUCAGUGCCAAGUUCGUUUUCGAUGAUAACAUCAGGUGUAUGGCGGCGAAGCAAAGGUUAACCAAGGGCCGUAUCAAGGCCCGUCAGAAGAAGAUGCAGCACAUCGCCCGCCUUCUUGAAAUCCCCGGCCAAUCGGGUCCCCCGAGUCCCGCAUUCGUUGGCGGCGGCAUUUACAACCGCUCCGCCGGCCGAGGCCUCCGCGACCGACCGUUUGGCCUCUCCCGGGGCCCUGGUUUCGCCACCCCCCGAUGGGAGAGUCCCCCGGGAGUGACUCACCGAACGGACGAGUCGCGGCGCCAUCGCGACAGCGAUCCCAAAAACUUGAAAAAAGACGAUCGGACUCCCAACCGAUCCAGGGAUUCUUCAUCGAGUAGGACGAAGUCGCGGGAGGGUUCCCCUAGGAUGCCUAGGCCGCGUUCAGAAGAGAUUCCGUUGGAGUUGAUCAAGAAAGCAUCAAAUUCGGUGAUUGAUAUGACGCCGAAAAUCGCAAUUGUGCCAAGGCCGCAACUGAAAGAAGAGAGUGAAGAAGUAGAGAAGAAACCGGAAGAGGAAGUUUCGAUUAGUUCCGAAGAAACGUCGUUUAUUGCCAGCGAGAGGAGGAAUUCGAAGAAAGGGGGGAAUAUUGAAACAGUAUAGUACAGGGCGGUUUUGUUGACUUUAGUGUAAUUAAUAAAAAUUGUUUUAUCAUGAUGAUUGUUUUUAUUAUUGAAGAGGCUGUAAUUGAAGAUAAUGGAAUAAAAUGUACUCCAGGAAGGUGAAAAGGAAGGGCUAUAAUUAUCCAUAAUUUUAUUUUUGUUGAACUUAUUAAUGCGGAAUUUAAUAAACUUAUUUUUCUUUUA